CUCGGGAUGGCCCUGGUGGUCCCGGCCGUGCUGGCGCUCGUGGCCUUGGGUGCGGCUGCACAGGCCUGUCUGCCGUGCUUCACCAGCCACUCACAGCGCCUGCGCAUCUGCCACAUGUUCACAGGCAGGCUGGGCCCCGAGCAGGAGAAGUGCGAGGAGGCCUUCACGGCCGCCUUCAGGGGGCUCCUGGACGUGGAGUUUGACUACAGUCAGAGAAGCCACCUGCACGACACCUUCACCCAGAUGACCCACUCCCUGGAGGAGCUGGCUGUCUCCCGGGGGUCCUACAAGGUUGGCUUCGCCAAUGCUGCUAGGAAAAUGAAAAUGGCCAUUUCACAAAUUAAACCAGCUCAGGCCUGCAUCCCUCCCUGCGGACUCCAGGACUUGGCCCGACUUUUCCGCUGCCGCGGGUGCUACUCGCGCAGCUGCAACCUCCCGCUUGACUGCCCAGUUCAGGACGUGCUGGUGACCCGCGGGGAUCAGGCCAUGUUCUCUUGCGUCGUGAACUUCCAGCUGCCCCAGGAGGAGAUCUCUUAUUCCUGGUUGUUCGCAGAAGGAGGUCUCCGCACCCAGGACGUGAACUACUUCCGAGAGGUGCCCGGGGCCCGGGGGUACCUGGCGCGGAUCCUGCCGGUGCAGCCCAAGCACAGCGGGACCUUCUCCUGCGUGAUCAAGCAAGACCAGCGCCUGCUGGCUCGCCUCUACUUCUUCCUCAACGUGACCGGCCCGGCCCCGCGCGCUGAGACCGAGCUGCAGAUCACAUUCCGGAAGGUGCUGCGCUGGGCGCCACAGGACGCCGAGCUCGUGGAGCCCUGGACGCCCAGCCUGGGCGAGCUGCUGGCGCGACCUGGAACCCUGAGCCGCGUCAACUUGGGUCUGCUGGCGGCAGCCGCAGCCUGUGUGUCAGCCAGCGCGACCCUGCUGGCGUGGUUGUUCUUUCGGUGGUACUUGAGCGACCCCUGACAGAGGUAUCUUCUCCUCCCUCCUUUUCCCGAUCGCUAAAUAAAACGCCUGUGUUAACUG